AUGUUUCAGAAAACGCUUAUUGUGGUUGCAAUUUUUGGUGUCAUAUGUUGUUUGUCACAAUGUUAUGAUGAAUGUCCUUAUUGUUUAUGGGGGUUGUGUUAUUCAUGUACCCAUGGAUGUAAUUAUGGUUCAUGGAAGGAUAAUACUUUUUGUUCAUAUUGUUAUAAAUGUAAAAGAGGAUGUGAAGCAUGUGAUGAAGAAUAUCAUUGUACAAAAUGUAAUUCUGGAUAUUGGUUAAGAAAGUAUUCAUUUGAAGUAAGUUUAUGUGAAAAGUGUCCAACUGGAUGUUUUGAAUGUUCAUCACCAACACAGUGUUCAUCAUGUUCUAAAGGAUAUUAUUUAGACAAUGGAAUGUGUUAUCAAUGUCCUAUUGGUUGUAGUUCGUGUUCUGGUCCUGAUUCUUGUAUUACUUGUGAAAGAAAUUAUGGUAUUGUUGUUUAUAGUGGUUAUAGUUGGUGUAGUCCAUGUACAACAAUUCGUUGUUCUUCAUGCCAAGUUGGAACAUAUUUGUCAAAUGGAUUAUGUUCUGCAUGUCCUAAUGAAUGUAUGACAUGCAAUACUUUUAAUGAAUGUACUAGAUGUAAAGAUGGAUAUUACUUAGAGAAUGGUAAAUGUCUUCAUUGUGCAAACAAACUGAAAGGAUGUACUUCUUGUGAUAUUACUGGAAGUAUUUGUUAUGAGUGUACAACAAGGUACAGACUUUCACAAGGUUUAUGUAUAGGAUGUCCUACUGAAAGUGGAGAAGGAGUUGAUAUGUGUAAUAAUAAAGGAUGGCAAACUAUCUGUCAAUAUGGUUAUGCUGAUCCAUAUGGUGGUUGUGAAAAGUGUAAUGGAGGAGAUGCAUGUUUAACUUGUACUUAUAAAGAAAAUACAUGUCAAAGUUGUAAGGAUGGGUAUUAUUUAAAUAGUAAUAAAUGUGAUAAAUGUGAUGUUUUAGGAUGUGCAUGGUGUCAAGAUGAUCAUACUUCAUGUAAAAGAUGUAAAGAAGGAUACUUAUUAAAUAAUAGUGCAUGUAUAUCUUGUUCUGAACUAGAAGGAUGUGAAUAUUGUAAUAGUGAAUGUAGAAGAUGCUCAAAAGGAUAUGCAUUUAAUAGCAAACAUCUUUGUACUAAAUGUAAUAACUGUAAAGAGUGUAAUACACAAACAUGUUUUGUAUGUAACACUGGAUAUACCAUUUCAUCUGGUAAUAAUUGUGACUUAUGUUCUAAUGUAUUUAGUCAUUGUGCAUCUUGUAAAACUACAGACCAUUAUUGUAAUUCUUGUGAACCAGGAUAUGUUUUUUCUUCAAUUAAUAAAGAUUGUGAUUUAUGUAAUAUUGUAUUUCCUCAUUGUUCUUCUUGUAGUCAAAAUGACAAGGUAUGUUUAUACUGUGAAGAUGGAUAUACACUAGUAAAUGGUCAAUGUGUUAAAUGUGAUAAUGCAAUAGUUAGUUGUUCAACUUGUAAUAAUGAUAAAGCAAAAUGUACAUCAUGUUUAGCUCCAUUAGUAUUGGCAUCAGAUUCAUUAAGUUGUAAGAAUUGUUCAAGUUAUUUUGAACAUUGUCUAGAAUGUAGUCAAGUAUCAUAUAAAUGUGUUAAUUGUGAUUUAGGAUAUGUUUCUGUUAAUGGUAUUUGUACUCUAUGUCAAGAAGGAGUUAGUGAAUGUGUCAAACCAACAAACGGAAAAUGUCCAAUUGGAACAUCACCAUAUAAUGGAUUUUGUUAUGACUGUAAGAAAAAAUUAAAUAAUUGUGAUUUAUGUUCUCAAACUGAAUGGAAAUGUCACACUUGUCAAAAAGGACUUCUAAAUAAAAAUGGUAUUUGUUCCACUUGUGAUAUUACUGAUUGUGUAACAUGUUCAACAACAGAAUAUAAAUGUGAUCAAUGUAUUGAUGAAUAUGUUCCAUUAGGAAAAAAGUGUAUAACAUGUGGAAAUGAUCCAAAUUGUUAUAAAUGUAAUAAUAAUAUGACUUGUUCAUAUUGUAAACUUGGAUAUAGUAUUUAUGAAGGUACUUGUAUUUCAUGUUCUGACACUAAUGCUGGAUGUGUUUCGCCAAUAAAGGAAGGAAAAUGUCAAUACAACAAUUUCCUUUAUCAAAGUUAUUGUUAUGAGUGUUCUAAGUAUAAUCCUAAUUGUCUAGUAUGUUCUAAUUCAUCACCAAAUUGUCUUGUAUGUAAAAAUGGAUAUGGAUUAAAAGAAGAUAAAACAUGUGUAAAAUGUGAGACUGGAUGUUCUUUAUGUUAUAAAGUUGAUUAUUGUGAAAAAUGUCAAGAAGGAUAUGUGUUGAGAAAAGGAAAAUGUUAUAAAUUUGAGAGUGAUAAUUGUGAUACUAAUUGUUAUAACUCAAGUAUUGGAUGUACUGCAUGUUCAACAACUAAAAUUGAAGAAGAUUCAAAUGGAAUUUGUUUACAAUGUUCAAUUAGAAAUUGUAAAGUUUGUGAUUAUAAUUUAAAGUCUUGUAUUGUUUGUGAGGAUGGAUAUGUUUAUGAUUCAUACACCAAACAAUGUAUUGUUAAACCAGGUGAUUUGUGUGAAGUUUAUAAAUCUUCGUCAUGCAUUAAAUGUAGAGAUGGUUAUGCAGUUGAUUAUAUUAAUAACAAGUGUAUUAAAUGUGGUAACAAUUGUAAAACAUGUAGUUAUACUAAUGGUCAUUUCAAGUGCUUCUCAUGUGAUUCAUCAUUAAAUUUGUACUUAUUAAACUCACAUUGUGUUUCUCCACAAAAUGAGAAGUGUAAUAGUGUUGGAUUUGAUAGUUGUAGAUCAUGUAUUGAUAAUACAAAAGUAGUUAAUGGAGAAUGUAAAGAAUGUCCAUUACAUUGUUUGAGAUGUUCACGUGAUGAAUGUCUUCAAUGUGAUACAUCAAGUAUUCUUCGAGAUGGUAAAUGUAUUGAAAAUAUGGAUUGUUUAAUUACAAAUGAAUAUGGAAGUUGUUCUAAAUGUAUUUCAACAAAAGUAUUGAAUUCUGAGACUAGUAGUUGUGAACCAUGUCCAGAUAAUUGUAAAGAAUGUUUGUCUUCAACAAGUUGUAAAGAAUGUAUGAAGGGUUAUGUUUUGUAUAAUCAAACUGAUUGUAUAAAAUUAACAAACAUAAAGUUAGAGUUGAAAAGAUCAAUGAAUUCAUUAAUUCCUCAUUGUAAAAAAGAAACAACUGUUGGAUGUCAGCGUUGUGAUAACAAGUAUUACCUUACAAACACAUUAAUGUGUGAACAUUGUAUUGAAAAUUGUGAACAUUGUAUUGAUUCAACAACAUGUCAGAAAUGUUCUGCAGGAUAUAUUUUAAAUAAUAGUGUAUGUGUUAAACAAGGGAAAAAAGGAUGUAAAAUUAUUACACAAAAUGGGGAAAACUGUGCAAUAUGUGAAGAUGGAUAUUUCUAUAAAGAUGGAAUUUGUAAAAAAUGUGAUCCUUCUUGUUCGACAUGUUCUAAAACAAGUUUGUUCUGUCUUCAAUGUGCUGAAAAUUUCUAUUUUGUUUCUUCAAAUAUCUGUUAUAACUAUUCAACUAUUGAAUAUUGUUUAGCAGCAAAUGAAAAUGGAUGCAUAGAUUGUGAGAAUGGAACAUAUUUAACAAAUUAUAAAUGCCUCAAAUGCAACCCACUUUGUUUGUUUUGUGAAGAUGACAGUGGUGACUGUUUAUCUUGUGUAAAGGAUUAUGUAUUAAUUAAAGGAAAGUGUGAGAAAUAUUCAAGUAUAGAACAUUGUAUUGCAGAACAUAAUUCAAGAUGUUCUCAGUGUGAAAGAGGUUAUGAAAUUUCUAGUAGUGGGGUGUCAUGUGAAGAAAAGAGUAAGUGGUGGAUUUCUCUGAUAAUAUUAGGUGUUUUGUUGAUUUUAUUCAUUAUCACCAUUCUUUCUAUCUCAUUCACUAUCACUUUCUUAAUAAAUAGAAAAAAGAAAAAAGAACAAGAGAAAACAACAUGUAUAUUUAAUAUGAAAUAUUCCAAUAUACAAUUCUUUUUGUGUAAAACAAUAAAAGGAAUUGAAUUAAACAAACAAUGUAUUGCAUAUGAUGGUAAUAUCAAAGUGAAUCAAGAAACUAAAGAAUUAAUUUGUGUUGGAAAUGCUUCUAAACAUUUAAUAAAAAUACAAAUAACUCUUAAGGAAAAUAAUUACAAAUUUGAAACCAGAACAAACCCACAAUUAGUUAGUUUGAAGUCUGGACAAGCUUGUGAAUUUGAAAUAUUUAUUAAGCCGUUAUGUAGUUGUAGCAUGAAACAUGAGAUUGUUCUUCUUGCUUCUGAUUUAAAUAAUGGAGUUCAGUAUCAAGAAAAUAUCCCUUUGCAGUUUGAAACUGAGUUAUCAACACGACUUGAUCCAGAUGAAAUAAAGGAAGAAAAGAAAAUAGGAGAAGGAUCAUUUGGAAUUGUAUAUAUAGGAGAAUUUAGAGGGAAUCAAGUAGCAAUUAAGAAAAUGAAACACCUUGGAGACAGUAAAAUGAAAGAAUUUGAGAAAGAAGUAAUGAUGUUAGAUAAAUUUAGAAGUGAAUAUAUUAUUCAUUUUUAUGGAGCAGUAUUUAUUCCUAAUAAAAUAUGUAUGAUAACAGAAUAUGCAAAAUAUGGAUCAAUACAAGAUUUAAUUAAUAAAAGAACAAACACAGAAAUACCAAAUAAAAUAAGAAUUAAAUUCAUGAUAGAUGGAGCAAAAGGAAUAGAAUAUCUUCAUUCAAAUGGAAUAAUACAUCGAGAUAUUAAACCAGAUAAUUUUCUUGUUGUAUCAAUUGAUGAAAAUCAACAAAUUAAUUGUAAACUAACAGAUUUUGGAAGUUCAAGAAACAUUAAUAUGAUGAUGACAAAUAUGACAUUCACAAAAGGGAUAGGAACACCAAAAUACAUGGCACCAGAAGUAUUAAAUCGAGAACAUUAUAAAAUGGAAUCAGAUAUAUAUUCAUAUGCAAUAACAAUGUUACAAAUCAUCACAUGGAAAGAUCCAUUUCCUAAAACAGAAUUUAAAUUUCCAUGGUCGAUUGCCAACGCAACUGCACAAGGACAACGCCCUUCUCUUAUAAAUGAAGUUCAAGAACCAAUUAAAUCAUUGAUUAUAUCAGCCUGGUACCAAGAGUCUGCAAAAAGAAUAAAAGCAAAAGAAAUAAUUUCUGGUUUAAAAGCUGUGUAUUAA